AGUAGAUGAGAUUCAAUCUAUUUCAGCUGGUAAGAAGUUCUACAAAAGUCAUGAAGGGAUGAAUACACUUUGUAGAUUGUUUUUACUUUUAUUUUUUUAGAAUAAAAUGUUACCAUUUGCUGAUUUUCCCCAUAAAAUAAAGGAAACAAAAUGGUACCUGUAAUGUAACAAACAGUGAAGGUGAUUUCAAUAAGUCUAAAUGGUAAGUGUCUGUAUGUGAAGUUGAAAUUUUUUAUCUUUUUUUAUUAUUAUUAUUGCUUUAAUUUUGUAUGUUUUCACAUCAAAGCACGUUUUGAAAACUGUCUGGUCUGACCAGAGAGGUUCCACCCAACCGUGUUCUGACUGUGUUGCGCCACCUGGUGUUUCACAGAAGUCAUAGCCUUUACAUUCCUUUAGAAAACAGCCGCUGUGGAAGUUUGCUGCCUUCAACAAGCAGGCCCACUGCUCCCCCUGCUGGUUGACAGACAGAGCUGCAGCUUUAACGGACUCAAAAUUGCCUAUAAAAUUUCAGAGACGAUUAAAAUUUAUUUGCAGUAAACUGUGUAUAAUAGUGGAACGCCCUGCAAAAAGAGAAAUGUGUUAACAUGUUUUACUGUCAGUAGAAACUGGCUCAACCGCGACCUUUGUAUCAUUAAACGUACUUAAUGCUGAAUGUGCAGCUUAUUUGGAAGAUGAUGAGCGCUUCAAGUGAACAUUUUUGUAUUUUGAGUGUUUUCAGAUGUACAGAUCAGCAUCCACUGAUUAACAUGAAGCAGCUUGACAUCCACAUCCAGCAGGGGGCGCUGGUGCUUUUCCGUAGGGGUCAAUGGGUGAAAAGCAGGGAACGCACGGACAGGUCGGCAGUCUUGUGACUGUUGUGUUUAUUCUUGUUAAAAUAACACUCUUCAGAUGUUAUUUUAAACUAUUCCGAGAUUACAAACUAGUGCAAAAAGAUUUUUAAAAUAUUUUAGUUGCUCCUUACCUUAAAUUGCUAAUUUUGCUUGAACAUGGCUAUGAGUUCACUGUAGUCCAAACCAUGCAGUCAUUAGAUGUGACUCCAACAGAGCAUCUUUGGGAUGUGGACAAAUCUGCAGGAACCGUGUAAUGGUAUCAUGACGGUAUGAACUAAAUGAACUAUGAAGAGUCGAGGAAACUGUCGGUCAAAUCUCACUUCAGCCACCAAUAAGAAACAGUUUUUUUGUUGUUUCAUCCUCAGAAGUUAUUGCAGGUGAGUAAAAUCUUCUGUACUUUCUGUUCUGAGUUCAUGUUCAAAACAAUAUAAACAUAUACAGUAUCUACAUGUUUUAUUCUGUACCCUUUUCCUCCUCAGGUUGUGUCGCAUUCCUGGAAGCAUGUCGGGACAGAAGGCGCAUUACAAUAAGAAACCAGUUACAUGUGCUGUUUUCGUUCAGCGGCACCGGCGCGGGAAUGCUUCAUGCGAUACUUGGAAACGUCUGCCAGUCCUUAAACAGAGGAAGACGGAUACAAGAGACCCAGACUAGUUUUCCAGCCUCAGUGGAGUUUUGAUUUAAAUCCAGGAGUGACACUGAGGCUCCAAACCACGCCAGUCCACACCCUUAGAAAUCUGCCACCUUUCAUGUUUCCUGCUCUAAUUUUUAUAUUUUUUUAUACUGUUGUGUUUUCUGUUGCAUUCGCUCGGGCGCUCUCCACCCUGCUGAUGAACCAGUCAUAGCAGUGACAUGAGGAAUUUACCUCGCCCUCGGGGCGCCGUGCUGCCUGUGCGUCCUUCUGCUUUUUCCCCUCUCUCUCUCUCUCUCUCUCUCUCUCUUUCUCUCUCACUCUCCCUUUUUCUCUCUGUGUGUGUGUGUCUCUCAAGCAAACACACACUCACUCUUUCUCUGAAACAAACCAGUGUAGCUCAGUGGUUUGUUGUAGGAGGUGCAGGCAGCUGUAUGGGGUAGCCCUCAGUUCGUGACCUCCUCUCCAUGGCCUGUCGUCUCUCCGCCUCUGGCUCCUACACCGUAGUCAUCAUCCCACUGAGGACCAGCCUUCACAGCCAGGAGGCCCUUCGCUUCUACCUAUGGAUUAAGCGGAUGAAGGACCUGGAACAGGAGAAGGAUGCUCUGUGGUCGGGUCUGGAGGUUCUGGAGAAGGGUCGGCUGUGGUACUUCCAGCGGCUCGGGGAGAACAGGGCUCUGCGGUGCGUCGAGACCAGAUACAGCACCGGCGCUUACCACAAACGUGCAGCAGAGGCCCGGUCCUGCCUCCCCACACACAUCCAGCAGGUUAACGGCUCCCUCGGCUCUAUAAUGAGUGAACCCAACGUCAGCAGCAAUCCCUGUCUCUGUGAUCCACUGGCGGACAGUGACCUCCGCUGGCGAAACACGGUACUGACUCAGAAGGUGAGUGAGAAGAACCGUCGGAUCUCCGUGUUGGAGCUGGAAAAGGAGGCUCUCCUUGAUGAGCUGGAGGAUCUGCAAUUCUGCUGAGUGCCUGAAUUCAAAUGAGAUGAUCCGCACACCGUCGCCUCCCAGAUCGACUCAUUCUGAGGCGCUUAGUCAUUUGUAAAUAUAUAAAUCUAUAUUUAAAUGAAUAAAUUGCUAUAAAUUCUACCUACUCUUUUUU